CUUGCUUUGCUGGUGUCCGCUCGGGAAGGGGGGAGGGGAGGGCUUUAUUCGGUGCUGGUGGCGGUGACAACCGGGGUGCCAGGCGGGGAGGGCACCCCACACACACACCCACACACCCCUCUCCCUCAGUGGGCGCGUCGCCCCGCGCCCCCAUGCAUGUGGCCUCAGGGGCGGCGGGCAGCUAGCCCCGCCGUUCCCCCGUCAGCGAACUCGGCGGCUCCCGGGGGAAGGGACCGGGGGAAACUUCCUCGGGAGACCGUGGGGGUCGCGGGCUGGUGGGGAAAAGGAAGAGGAGGACAGGCGAGGACAGGGCGGGCAGCGCACCCCGGGCACGCAGCACCUCUACUAGCGGGCGCCUCCGCGCUUUGCUGGGGACUUGGUGUCGUUGCGGCUUUUAUCAACGCCCCUCGUUAGCAUAUCGCGGCUCGCCCCGCCCCCGGAGGGGCUGAUAGGCGGGAAGCCUCCCCACGGACCGGCCGCGGCCCGCCCUCUCCCGCCGAUUGGUCCUGGGGUCGGACUAUUCCGCCUUGUGCCCCGCCUCCUUGUGACGUUUCGAGAAGCAACUUUUCUGUGGGGUUGAUUUGAAUAUCUCGGCCUGCCCCGGCCUGCGGGUUCUGAUUGGCUGGAGCGGCAGCAGCGGGCGGGCCAACCUUGGGCGCCCGGAGUAUGACUGACGUGUUCUCGGGACGGUGGGCGCCGCUCUCCCCGCCUCCUCUUGCUCGUGAGUGGCGCGCUGGUGCUGGAGGGGGCGGGCGCGAGCGAGCUCUGCCCGCUCCCAUUGGCUGCAGUGGGUUUUCUUUUUUUUUUUUUUUGUAAUAUUAUUAUUUUUUACUCUUCUGGUUCUUUCUGACUCCGAUUGGGAAUAGAGGGCCAGCAGGGGCGGGCUCUCCCUGUCGGCGACUCUGAUAGGCGGGAGGGUGGGCGGGCCGCCGCCCCGCUCCGCCCGGGCUCCCCCGCUUCCUCUGCCUCCCCUGUCACGCUGCGAACCGGGGGGGGGGGGAACACCACGACGACGACGGACUGGGGGGCUGCCGCCGGUUUCCUGCCGGAGAACAAUAGCUAUCUCGUCACUUCCGGGGAGUUGCCGCCGCGCUGGUUGCUAGGAGAAGGCGGCCCGGCCCGGCGGGAUGAGGCUGCUGGGAGGGCGGGGGCGGCUUUACGUUAGGGCCGCUGGGGCCCGCUGUGCCGUAAUGGCGGAGCCCGGCGCCCCCUCCGGGCCGCGGAGCACGCGGGUCGCCGGGCCUGGGGCGGGGCGGCCCCGGAGGCGGCGGGUGGCGCCGCAGAGGGGCGGGGAGCGGAGGGGCGGGGCGGGGGCCGGGCCCGGGCCCUCCCCUCCCCUCCCCGGGCCGGGGCAGCGGUGGCGGUCGGGUCCCCACGGCCUUGCCCCGGCGGAGAAGGGGGCCCCGGCGGGCAGGAUGUGCGGUGGAGGGGGCUCCCCCGAGAUUCUGAAGGACCUGGAUGAUUACUAUGAAAAAUUUAAACGAGAGACAGAUGCCGUGCAGAAGAGAAGAAUGUUGCACUGCAUACAGAGGACCUUGAUUCGGAGUCAGGAACUGGGGGACGAGAAGAUCCAAAUCGUCAGUCAGAUGGUGGAGCUCGUUGAGAACAGAACCAGGCAAGUGGACAGCCAUGUGGAACUGUUUGAGACUUGUCAAGAGAGUAACGAUACCACUGGAAACAGCGGGAAAACCAGUCAAGAUAAGUCCAAGAACGAGACAAUCGCACAAGCUGAGAAGCCCAACAAUAAGAGAUCGAGACGGCAAAGAAAUAACGAGAAUCGAGAAAAUGCUUCGAAUAAUCACGACCAUGAUGACAUCACCUCAGGAACUCCAAAGGAGAAGAAAGCAAAAACGUCCAAGAAGAAGAAGCGAUCCAAGGCUAAAGCAGAGCGGGAGGCUUCUCCCCCAGACCUUCCCAUUGACCCUAACGAGCCAACGUACUGCUUGUGCAACCAGGUCUCCUAUGGAGAAAUGAUAGGAUGCGACAACGAUGAGUGCCCCAUCGAGUGGUUUCACUUUUCCUGCGUGGGACUCAAUCACAAACCGAAGGGCAAAUGGUACUGCCCCAAAUGCAGAGGAGAAAACGAGAAAACUAUGGACAAGGCGUUGGAGAAGUCUAAAAAAGAAAGGGCCUACAACAGGUAGUUUGUAGACUCUUCGUACUGAAGAAAAAUGAAACCACCAAACCAGUGUAUUUAUUGUCAGUGUCACCUUUGUUGAGGUGAAAGGAUUGUAAAAUGUAUAUUUUUAAAGGAGGUUUAAAACUGAACCAUUCCUGUUAUAGGGACGGCAAUAAGCAAUUUUGGUUUUCAUUUGGUAAACUGUAACGAGGCUGCGGUCUGUGGACCAAUGUAUUCCGAAAGUAAAGUCAUGAGAGCUUAAACUGCAUAUUCGGGUGGGUCUUAAAAGAUAAGUUAAUACUUUUCUCCCCCGCGCUCGUGGCACUCUACCCAUUAAAAUUUGGAUGACAAAUGUCUCUGAAAUGUAAUUUUGUUUUCUUUUGCUGAAAAGGUGAAUAACAUUCUUCAAUAAAUUGUUAAAUAGUUUA